CCUAUUUUCAAGGUUGCGCAAACUCUGGGCGGCCAAACUAAUAGCAAUAGAAGAGCUGAUAUGUCUCAUUAACUCAGCGGAUAUCCUACAUGAUUUUUAAGUAAACAAAGAAUUCUGGAAACAUGGGAAGGAAUAGGACGGUUUCUGUAAAACAGCACCAGCACUGUGAAAAAUGCUUCAAUCGCUACUGCAAGGCUCGUGUUGAGGUUUCUGUGUCCUGUCUGGUGAUCAGCUGCCGUCUGUACUGUGGCGCUGUUUUCCACAUGUGCAAAGAUGAGGAGCACCAGCUAUUAUGUCCCAAUGAAGUGGUGCCUUGUCUUAAUGCAGAGUUUGGCUGCCCCUUUACCAUGUGCCGCUACAAGCUUGGUGAUCACUUGAAGGAGUGUCCAUCCAGCAUAGUGAACUGCUCCAUGGACUGGAACCGCUGGCCUGCUGAAGAGGCGGAGCUUGUUUUAUAUGACAACAUGCUUAACGAGCCUUACUCGGACAAACAGCUGGAUCUCUCUCUGGCACUCAGGGACCAAAAACAUCUGUUCAGUUCACUGAAGAUGAAGAGCCUUUUUGCGGAGCUGGUGGAGGUGACUAAGGAGGAAACGCCCAUGUUGGAAGGGGCGGUAGGGGGUACAGAUUUCGCGAAGGCUGAGCAUGAUUUUAAGCCACUGGAUGAUGGAAUAAUUGAAGAAGAAAUGGAAGGACUUACCCAGGAAGAACGUGAGGCUUUAGCUAAAGAUACGAGUAUUGUGGAUCCGGAGAAAUUUAACAUGUGGGAGAAAAUGUUCAGUAUGGAAAUGAGCGGCUGCAAGCAGACUGGAAAAGUUCUGGAAAGUUCUGAAAAGCAUUCCGAAGAGGGGAAUCUAUUAAAAUCGGGAAGCCAGAGUAGGACGGUACCUGAGAAAACCAAGAAGAAUGAAAAUAGCACUGAUGUCAGCAAUAAGACCAACGAUGUUCAUAAUGAUCAGACCCCAAGACAAGAUGUGAACAUGCCAAGAUUAUAUAGCCAGGCUCUUCCUUGUAAUCCUAAAGGAAAGAGUUUUUUUUAUGGUUCCCUGGAGCCAAUGAAAAUGAAAACAGUCCGGACUUUCAAAGUUCCCACCAGCUUUAGAGCGAAACACGGACGCAUUCGUAAUCCUGCAGUUACGAAGAAAGACAAUAAAUGUGUAGAUACAUCUGAUCUGGGAGUCUCACUGGGAGAUCUUCCAAAAUGGGAUGAGAUCCAAGCAACUUUACUCUGUUGUUUAGAAAAGGAACUCAGAGGCCACUUGGUCUCUAACGCUGCCUCGACUGACGCCCUUCUUUGCGACUCUGGCACGCAAACGUACGACUUCCUCUCGGCCCCAUUCAAGAAAAACGCCUCACUGGCUGAUGUUACUGCAGCCAGAACAUUGAAGCUACAUCUCCAGAUUCAUUCUGAAAGCGUGACCAACAGGCACAACAAAGCCAGCUCUGCCUUCACCUUUCUCUGCGGUCACUAUUUUAGGCGGGAUGAAUUCUCUUCGCAUUUCAAAAACGUGCACGCGGACAUUCAGUCCUGCCUAAACGGCUGGUUUGAGGAGCGAUGCCCCCUAGCUUACCUUGGCUGCACCUACAGUCAGACGAGGUUUCAGCCCUCUACACAAAGGGCUACCGUGUCAUACAAUGAGGAGCUGAGCACCUUCACCCUAAAACCAGACGUCUGCACGGCACACCUUGAGGGAGCGACAGCCAUCAGAACCGAACGAAAACAAGCACGGAAUCUGGAUGCCUUCAGCCGACUUCCUUUCGAGGUCCUCGUGCACAUCGCGACCUUUUUGGACAGCUUCACCUUAUCCCAGCUGGCUUUGGUCUCUCAUCACAUGAGAGACGUUUGUGCCACCCUGCUCCCAGAGAGGGGGAUGGUUUCCUUGAAGUGGGAGAAAAAGACAUAUUCCCACGGGGGCUCCUGCUGGAAGUGUAAAAAGAAGGUUUGGCAGUUCAGCAGCCUCUUCUCCAGGGUGGAUAGCUGGAGCUUCAGAUGCACCCCCUCCAUGGCUGAGCAUCUGAAGCUCUGCCCCUUCUACCAGGCAGAGAGGAAAAGUGAUCCGGUAGCGCUGGUUAGCAUGGGCUACGACAAAAAUGAAGAAGCGAAGCAUCAAACAUUAGUUUCACUGCUUGGUUCUAAGGCGAAGGUCAGGAAACACAAAUGCUGAAUUAGAAAGUCUGGAAAGUGAGAAAGAUUCAAACAUCUUACCAUUUUGGGCUUUGAGACUACAAUAUUAAAACUGUUUAUACAACUAUUGUUUUAUCUGAUUGUCGCAUAAUAUUCCUUUGCAACAUAAAGAUUUGAAAUCUUUGUACUAAAUUCAGUGCCUUGUGCCCAUAGGGACCGGGAUAGGCUCUGGGAUAGACUCCAGGAUAGGUUCUGGGAUAGGUUCCGUGAUAGACUCCGGGAUAAGCUCCGGAAUAGGCUCCAGGAUAGGCUCCGGGAUAGGCUCAAGGAUAGGCUCUGGGAUAGACUCCAGGAUAGACUGUGGGAUAGACUCCAGGAUAGGUUCUGGGAUAGGCUCCGUGAUAGACUCCGGGAUAGGCUCUGGGAUAGGCUCAAGGAUGGGCUCUGGGAUUGACUCCAGGAUAGACUCCGGGAUAGGCUCUGGGCCCCUGUAACUCAACAUAAGACAAACGAGAAUAGAGAAAGGAUGGAUGGACAGACAGUAUUUAAUUGCCUAAUCAAAGUAGUAUUGUAAGUAGCUGUUUUUGAAUACUUGUGUGUAUAUAAGAUAAAUGUGCUGUAUUUAAAGUUUGCAUAAGUCUUUAAUGCUUCAAUGACACAUGAAAUAAAGUCAAUUAAUUGGAUUGCAAGUAUGUGGAGAAUCUUGGUUCGUCUGUUUAGUGAUACAAGUCUGUUGAAGAUUGGGCUGUAUUUCACUGGCACUGUGGGGAUAUCCCCAGGAAGGCGACCUAAACAAUGUACAAUGACACAUGAGAGCUGGGACUUUGCGUCUAAAUACUACACACUUAGUACAGGUGGUUCAGGUGGAGUUACACAAAGUUGUGUAAUAAAACAAUGCAACAAAGAUGAUGGAAAAUAAUACUGUAUGAAACAUCCUAAAUGAAAAAUAUUUGUGUUAUAUUAGGUGCAUUGGCAACAUUUUACCUGAGUGUAGUAGUACACUGUUACGUAAUCUAUUAAUUAACUGGAGUAAUGAGUUUCAUACUGAUUCAAUGUUUGUUCAUCAUUAAUCAAUCAUAAUGGUUCAUGUAUUUAAUGCAGUUCCUAUAUUUGUUAAUAAUUUGUGAUUUAUGUGAAUAGUAACUGAGCUGCUAAGUUACUUGUGCCCCACCAAGUAAAGUGUUGCCGAUGCAUUAGUGAAUAUUUUUAUAAUGAUUGUAUAAAGCAGGGUUCUUCAAAUCUGGACCUCGAUUCCAAAUCCAGGCCUUGUUUUCAGU